CAGGGGAUCCCAGGGUAGUGUACAACAUGAACAAUUUAAACCCUUCCGGAUUCAAACUAUUAGUAAUUGACAUGAGAUAUAAAAAAUAAGUUAAACCAAACAACAGUUGCAACAACUUUAAAAGCCACAGCAAUUUAAACCCAUGCACAUGCUCCUCUCGGAGUAAAUGGGUACCCCAAGAGUUUAAUAAGAGCCACAUCUUGGCUUGGCACUGAUGUUUUCCCCUUGCUCCCAAAAGCGAUCUCUGGUGCAAGGAGGAAUUGAGACAGGAACCCUGAUUCUGGGAAAGGAGAGACCACUUAGUUAAGUUAGUUAAGUAGCUGAUGUAGGAUCUUGGUGGUAAAUCCUUACUCAUAUCAUUUUCAUGUAAAAUUUUGCAUUGAAAGAACUGGUCGGUCUGGAAGCUGGAGAGGUUUUCAGAUGGCGUUCCAGACACCUGUGAGCCACGACCCCACAACCCUGGUUUAAAGUUUUCUGUAAGAAGGUGUGCCUCAAAUGAGUCGAUUGAUGGGUCGAGACGGGUGGGACGCAUCACCAUGUCGGCCCUACAGCUGGGUGGCCUGGCACUGUCCCUCUCGGGCUGCUUGGGCUCCAUCUUGGCCUGCGCCUUGCCCAUGUGGAAAGUGACGGCCUUCAUCGGCUCCAACAUCAUCGUGGCCCAGGUCUUCUGGGAAGGGCUGUGGAUGAACUGUGUCUAUGAGAGCACCGGGCAGAUGCAGUGCAAAGUCUACGACUCCUUGCUGGACCUUCCACCUGAUCUCCAGACCGCACGCGCCUUGGUGGUGGUCUCCAUCGCCAUCUCCGUCUUGGCCCUUUUGCUCGCCGUGUCCGGAGCCGAAUGCACCCAGUGCGUGGAAAGCCGAGAGGCCAAAGCCAAGAUCUCAGCCGUGGCCGGAGGCCUUUUCAUCCUCGCUGGGUUGUCCCUCCUCAUCCCCGUCUCCUGGUCGGCUAGAAAUGUGGUCAGCAAUUUCUACAACCCCUUGGUCCCGGAGGCCCUCAAAAGAGAGCUGGGGGUCUCGCUCUACGUGGGGUGGGCAGGCAGUGCCCUCCUGGUUUUCGGAGGUGCCAUGCUGGGCUGCAUUUGCCCUCCGAGGGAAGGCCCCAAAGCCUACCCGGUGAGAUACUCGGUGGGGAAGCCACCAACAUCAGGAAGCUAUGCCCGCAAGGACUAUGUUUGACUCAAUGUGUGAGGCAGGGAUGGCGCUGGUGAAACCUCUGGUUUAGCUGCUUUAAAUAAAUCCUAGCUGGAAAGAAAGUAAGGAGAGGCUUUGCAAAUUGCAUCAACAAACGACGCGACUUUUUGGGUUGCUCCAGAGAAAGGUCUCCCUGCUUUGUGGAUUUUGCAUGUUAUUGUAAACUCAAGUUAAGCUUUGCACGAUGUGAUGGUAACCAAGUUAAGCUUUGUAAAUGGUCACAAGGGGCUGCUCUCCUCUUUUGCGCCCAGCCCUUAUCUCUUGCCCUGAAAAUGGGGGACCUCCCUCCAUAAGUGAGAAGGAAGGAUUCCCGCAUUUUACCUUGAUCUGGGAACAGCCCAGAGUUUCGCUCAGACUUCUGCCUUCAUUUCCAAAUAGGAGAACAUGUGUGUUUGAAUGGGAAGCUCUAGAUGUAGCGCCAGGGCUCACCCUCUGCUCUGCAUCCACCUUCUGACUAGAAGCAACUAGAUGAGAAUGAGGCUUCAUCCGGAACAAUGGCAGUUGAAGCAGUGUAGAACUGCAUUAAAUCUGCCGUGUAGAUGCAGCCUCUGUAUGUGUGCACCUCUGCUCACAGUCCAGAGAAAGCUCAUAACAAUUGUUUAUUCUGAUGCCUUUUGUAUCUCGUCCCUCCAUCCUGUUUGGAAGGGACAUAUGACACACACUUUGUAGUGCUUUAAAACAAACAUUGUGCGUCUAUAAAGAAUGCCAUCUGGCUGGAUCCACUGUGAACCAGGUGCACAAGGCAAACACAAUGAAACCUGGAACGGCCGCCUUGUUUGCCUAAAUAGGGGCAGAAUCCUGGGCCAUGGCGCUCCAAAGGAAGAAGUGAAUUCAAGGUGGAGCCCUUUGGUGGAUCGGUCGGUUUUUAUUCCAGGGAAGCCAGGUUUCCUUGUCUCUGCUUUCUUGCCUUUCUACCCGCUCAGCUCACGGCAAAAUGUCGACUCAGGCUGCAGCCACACGGCAGAAAUA